AUGUGUUUUGCCCUCAUCCCGUUUGCUGGAUAUGUGAUGAUUGCGCCAAACUGGCUGUUGGUGUCCAUGAUCGGCUGUCUAGACUCCAUCUGCACAGAGCUGCCCAUUGCCAUCUUCCCCCUGCUGGCGCCAGACUUCCUGUCGGUGGCCGUCCUCGUCGCUGCCAAGCCUUUGGCACAGGCUUUAACCGCCCCGUUCAGUGUGAGGUAUGUACGCUGCCAUGAGCUGUACUUCACGCAGAUUGGCUUAGCUCUUCAAAUCAGUGGGCUGCUGCUUCAGGCCUUGAUGCCCAGUUUCCUCUUCUUCUGCCUCUCCCGAGCUCUCCAAGGGAUGGCAUCAGCGCUGCUGAUACAGGCGAGCCCUCGUACCACAAGCCGUUUCGAGGCUGCUCAGAGCGGUAUAGCUGUCAAAUUUAUCUAUGCAGGUUUGGUCUGCGGAACGCCCUUCGGUGCUCUUGCAUUUUCUCUGGAGCCCUUCCUGCCAUUCUUGUGGCUGGCUUUAGCAGAGCUCGUUCUUCUGAUUGCGAUCUGGCUCAGUUGGUAUAAUCUGGACGAGGAGGAGGCAGCAAAACCAGACCUGGCAACUUUCCUCAGCGUUGUCUCCGACCCCGUGACUUUGCGGCCAAUAUUGCUGGUAUCCCUACUGCUUAUGUUUACGGGAGCACUCCAGACGAUAUCUCCGCGGAUGCUUCAAGAGGAAUACAAUUUCUCUGUGGUGAUGUCCGGUAUGGCGUGGAUGUUUCAGACGUGGCCCUCGGUGUUUUUAGUCUUUGCGUUGGGGCCGGUGGCGCGCUUCAUCGGAUUCCGUCUGCUGAUGGUUAGCGGGCUGGUGGUCGCAGGUAUGGCUGCCAUGCUCGCAAAAGAAGGAUCACUGGGCGUUCUGAUCCUCGAGCUCUUCUUCUCAGGCGUUGCUGCUGGCUGUACGAACAGCGUGGUGCCGAGGAUGCUUGAGGACGUGAGCGGAAGGAGAUACGGGGACGAAGAGAAGGUCUUCAGUAUCAUGAACAUGUUUCAGCAGAUCGGGUAUGUCCUGGGCCCUCUGCUUGGCGCAACAAUGAUGACUUACUUCGGCUUUCAGGCCAUGUGCCGUGUGUUCGGCGUGGGACUGAUCUCCUACGCUCUGUUCCACACUAUCGAGUGA